GGUCCCGCAAUCCGCCAUUUUGAAAGUAGUUUCGUGUCCGGUUAAGCGUCGUUUGGUAAAGGCCGGUUUUAUUAACUAAUUAAUUAUUAUGUCCUUAAAUAUAUAAAUUAACACAAACUAAUUAAUGCCAUGUUGUGUAGUUAAAAAUAUAUAUUGAACUUUAAAUUAUAUAUCUGUGAUCUACAAAGGAAGUAAGCAAUGGGUGAUCAAUACGGCAAUAGCUCAUACACUGGGCAAUUUUCGAUGCCUCCGCCAUCUCUUGGAUCUGGUUCAGCAGACGGCACAUACAACGCCCCACAGGCUGCUGGCUAUAAUCAAGCUGGUUAUGGAGGUCAAAAUGCCAGUGAAAGCUGGAAUCAACAAAGUUCUGGUGGAGGCGGUAGUGCAGGAUAUAACACCCAAGAUAGCUAUGGACAAAAUUAUGGCUCAUCUUACAACAGUGGUGGAAACUUUGACCGCAAUGGCAGUAAUUACAAUGCCAAUAGUGAACGUAGUGGAGGUAACAAUUACUCCAGCAACAAUGACCGUGGCGGUAAUUUUGGCAACAACGAUAGAAGUGGUGGAGGCAAUUACGGAAAUAGUGAAAGGCGAGGCGGAGGAUAUGGAGGCGGAAACGAUCGCAGUGGGGGCUCAAGCUAUGGGGGUGAUAGAGGAAGCAACUUCUCUGGUGGUGACAGGAGUGGAUAUGGUGGUGGAGACCGUCCCAGUUACAACCGAGAUGGAGGAAAUAGAGAUGGAAACUUUGGUGGCGGCGGCAGGGGGGGUGGUUAUAAUAAAGGACCUGGAGGCGGAGGUGGCUAUGGAGGGGACCGGGGUGGAGGUGACAUGGUAACUCAAGAAGAUACUGUCUUCAUUCAAGGCAUGAAUCCGGAUACAACUGAAGAUGAAUUAUGUCAACACUUUGGCGCUAUUGGUAUAAUUAAGACUGAUAAGAAGACUCAGCGCCCUAAAGUAUGGAUGUACAAAGACAAGGCCACCGGUCAGCCGAAAGGGGAGGCUACUGUCACAUAUGAAGAUUCAAAUGCCGCUUCCUCGGCUAUCCAAUGGUUUGAUGGAAAAGAUUUCAACGGGGCAACAAUUAAAGUGUCUCUGGCCCAGAGACAGAAUACUUGGGCCGGGGGAAAAGGAGCCGGGGGAGGCGGCGGCUUCCGGGGCGGACGCGGCGCAGGAGGAGGAGGCGGCGGGGGCGGAGGACCCCGCGGGGGCGGCGGCGGGAGGCAGGGGCCGCCCUCCGGCAACCGGGAAGGGGACUGGAGGUGUCCCAACCCGAGCUGCGGCAACACGAACUUCUCGUGGAGAAAGAACUGUAACAGAUGCAAUGAAGAUAAGCCGGGCGGUAGCGACGACGGUUCGUCGUCGGGUGGCGGCGGCGGCGGAGGACGCGGCGGGCGCGGCGGCGGUCGGGGGGGAGGCGGCGGCCGGGGGGGCGGCGGCGGCUGGGGCGGCCGACCCGAGCGCGGCUCGGACCGGCCCGAGCGCGGCGGAGACCGGCGCGGGCCCGGCGACCGGGGCUCCAGCGGGGGCGCCAUGAGGGGCGACGGAGGAGGCAGAGACAGACAGCGACCAUAUUGAGGAGUUACAUAUGUCUUAUAAACUACAUUCUAAUUAAAAUAAGUCAUUAUAAAUCAUUAAGUAGUGUUAAUUAAAUAGUGUUGACUGUAAUUAUUAUUUAGUGCGGUUCUUUUCAACACUAAUUGUAAUUAUAAGUGCCCACAAAAAGCAUAAUUAAGACUUACAUAGAAAUUGUUUUAUUUUCUAACAUUUUACUUGAGAGUAAAAAUUUCAUAUACAGCUAUGAAAAAUUUUAUGUCUUUUAGCUGUAAGUAUGACUUUCGUAUCGAAAUAAACGUCGUAUUUAAA